AUGAUUAAAACAUUUGGAGAUAAAGAAACCGAGCAAUUAUUCCAAAAAGAGUUUGUAGCCAAGUUUCAGAAAAUAGCCAAGGUAGCCUAUCGAAAGUUAAAAAUGGUAAAUGAUGCUACUCAGUUGGAAGAUUUGAAUUUUCCUGACAUCAGUGCGGAAGAAUUAGCCCAAGAGUUAGAAUUAGAUAAAGAGAUUGUUUAUGAAAUAAUUUGUGAAAGAAAAGGAAUUGAUUUUAAAAUUGCUUCCAAAUUAAGUUCUCGUUUUCCUCAAAAAAAGGUUUUGAUUACUUUUCAAAACUGCAAACUUGGAGUAAAAGCAAUUAAAGAACUCGAAGAAGAAUCUGGUAGAAAGUUUACUUAUCAAAUGAGUGGAGGACAUGAGGGAAAUUAUACCCAUGAUAGCAAUACUGAAAUUAUAAAAGUUUGA